AUGACCGUCCAGGCCAGGAGAUCCUCCGCGGCCUACAGCAAACCCUCACCGUACUCUGUGCGAACAAAAGUACAAGAUAGCGACAUUGAAAAACACCCUCACAAUGCCCGUCAACAUUGCCAGAACCAUAACCACCAUCAUCUGAGCGACGGCGAUGACGAGACCUCCGACUCCGGACCCGACCACUCCUCUACGUCCUACCCGCCCUUUGGCGGCGCGGGCUCACGUCGCGCGAGAGCACCCGUGGGCUUCAGAGUGCCGCAGCGGAUUAUGCGAUGGCUGUGCUUCGCUCUGUUCGCGUCGCUCGUGCUAUUCAUCUUCACCCUCUUCCGCUUCACAAUUUCCUCCUCCGUCUCCCAGGUUAAUGUCGAGCUACCGAAAGUGAAACCGAAUAAGCCCCCACUAUGGGAAAGCUUCCCAUUCUUGAAGCGCUACGAGGGUGGGCUCACCACUCUGGUGAAGCGCAGCGAGAACGUACCUGAGUACCCCGGCGACAAUGCGGAUGGAUUGGCGCUACCUGAGGAACAAGUCGCUCAAGAGGAUGCCAAUCGCUUGAAUAAUAGGGAUCUGAAAUCCUCAAUGUCGAGUACUGUUUUCAACCCUUAUCCGAGUUAUGACUCUGCGGAGUACAUUCAGAAGUACGGUGAAAAGCGCGAAUGCUUUUUGGAUCAGGACAACUCCAUUCGGGUCCCCGCCGUUCAGUCGUAUCCCGGUGUGCCCAAAGGCUUCCCUGACCCGGCAAUUGGCUCUAAUACUAUGUUGGGAAUUCGUGACGACAUGUGCUUUGACCGCUUUGGGCGAUUGGGACCAUAUGGAAUGGGAUAUGGAGUCAAGAAAGGCGGCAGCGGGGCUGGACUGGAAGGCCACCGUGACGGUGCUGAUCGUGUCUGGGAAGAUGUGCCUCCGGUGGAUUUCCGCCAGGUGGAUUGGGCUGGUGCGCAGCAGCGUUGUCUUGCGGCCAAUCGCCAUCGUUUCAAGGAGUUGCCCGAGCCACGUCUCAACCGGUUUGUCUCUAUGCCCGUGGGUGUGCCCAAGGUCGAAAUUCCAUCUCUCGAGGAUGACCACAAAACCCAACCCAAGAUUGGGUCGGAGCGCUUGCCUCGAACUGCGAUUGUCAUUCGCACUUGGCAUGACUUCAACUACACUCCCGAGGACAUUCUUUAUCUUCGAUCGGUGAUCUCGGAGCUUGCGCUGACGUCCGGUGGCGAAUAUACAGUGCACUUCCUCAUUCACGUCAAGAACAACGAUCUCCAGAUCUGGUCGGACGACGAGACAUACGAGAAAGUGUUGCAUGACGCGCUCCCCGAGGAGUUCCGUGGCAUGGGGACACUUUGGACAGAGGCCCAGAUGUCUCUUGUGUACCCCGGGCUCGAAGAAACGUUCACACGCGGUCUGCCCGUUCACGGUGUCUACCGCAGCACCUACAUGCCGAUGCAGUACUUUGCCUACCAGCAUCCCGAGUAUGACUACUUUUGGAACUGGGAGAUGGAUGCUCGUUACACGGGCCACUGGUACCACUUGUUCGACAAAGCGGGCGACUGGGCGAAAGCGCAGCCUCGCAAGGGUCUCUGGGAGCGCAACGCGCGCUUCUAUGUUCCCUCGGUGCACGGGUCGUGGGAAGACUUCCGCCAGAUGGUCCGCGUGCAGACUGAGAUUGGCACCAAUAGCCCCAAUAACAUGUGGAGCAAGUACAAGGCAGGCUCUGAAAGUGCCGAGAAGAAUUCGCAUGGUCUGCACCAGCAGGGCGACAAGGCCGUCUGGGGCCCCGAGCGACCCGACGAGCCGGAUAUUUUCGAGGUCGAGGGUGAGGGCAUCCCACCGACCACCGCGGACAAGGAUCAGUACCAGUGGGGUGUCGGUGAAGACGCAGAUCUGAUCGUUUUCAACCCGCUAUACGAUCCCGAGGGUACAACCUGGCUGCUCCGGGAUGAUGUGACCGGGUACAACCGCGAGAACGGAGCGAUGCCGCCACGCCGCACCGCCAUUAUCACUGCCUCUCGUCUCUCCCGCAAGCUUCUGAUUACUAUGCACCGCGAAACCAGUCUCCGCCACCACAGCAUGUUCUCGGAGAUGUGGCCUGCCACGGCGGCACUGCAUCACGGCUUCAAGGCCGUGUACGUUCCCCAUGCCGUUUACGUAGAUCGUCGCUGGCCGACCCGCUACCUGGAGUCCGUGUUCAACGCAGGACGUAACGGCGCAUCUGGUGGUGCCCGCACAUCAGUCUUUGGCGAUCGGGAGCACAACUUCAAAGGCACGACCUGGUUCUACUCUGCGGGCUUCUCGCCCAAUCUCUGGCGCCGCUGGCUUGGUCUCCGCGUUGAUAAUGAUGGCGGUGAGCAGCAGGAGCUGGCUGGUGAGGGCCGCAUGUGUCUGCCCCCCAUGCUCCUUCACCCUGUCAAAGACGUACAGAUGGUGAUUGACGAAGGGGCGCAUGCAGAAGACCGGUGA